UCACUCCCGAAGCUCACCUUCUCCCCGGAGUCACCGUCGUCGGAGAAAUUCGCCGAGUGCGCGAUCUGUCUAACGGAAUUCUCCGCCGGGGACGAGCUCCGGGUUUUGCCGCAGUGUGGUCACGGAUUCCACGUGUCAUGCAUUGACACGUGGCUAGGUACUCACUCGUCUUGUCCUUCUUGCCGUCAGAUCUUGGUUGUUGCCAGGUGUCACAAGUGUGGCGGUUUACCCGGUAGCUCUAGCUCCGAACCCGAAUCCGUACCCGAGAUUGAGAUCCGAAUCAAGCAAGGCGAAGAUGAUCCCAACUCAUACUUGCCAUGAUCAUUUUUAGUUACUUUGGAAAUUGGAACUCAUUUAUUUAGUUUCCUUUUGCUUUAUUAGAAAACUCUUAUAAAUUUAAAUGCAGAUCAGUUUUUAGUUGGAUAGUGUUUAUUCUCUCUCUAAUGUGUACAUGGUUUAUUGUAAUUUGUAAAUGUUGUAUGGAUUAUGGCAAUGGAAAUUUAACGAUUUGCAUUGAACCUUUUA